AUGCAGAGUCCAAAUGCUGUAUUAAGGUUGCGAUUUAACCAUUUUGCUACAGAAUGUAGCUGGGACCAUAUGUAUGUAUAUGAUGGUGAUUCAAUAUAUGCACCUUUGAUAGCCGUAUUCAGUGGUCUGAUAGUUCCAGAGCUGCAUGGGAAUGAGACUGUACCUGAAGUAGUUACCACAUCUGGUUAUGCAUUGCUGCACUUUUUUAGUGAUGCUGCUUAUAACUUAACUGGAUUUAAUAUUUUUUAUUCGAUUAAUUCCUGCCCAAACAAUUGCUCAGGCCAUGGAAAGUGUGUGACUGGAAAUAGCGGCAGGGUAUUCUGUGAAUGCGAUGAGUAUUGGAAAGGGGAAGCUUGUGACAUUCCAUAUUGUAAGGACAACUGUGGAAGCCCAGAUCAUGGCUACUGUGACCUAACUGGAGAGAAGCUCUGUGUCUGUAAUGACAGCUGGCAAGGACCAGAUUGUUCUUUGACAGUUCCAUCAAUGGAAUCCUACUGGGUACUGCCAAACAUUAAACCCUUUAGUCCCAGCGUGAGCCGUGCAUCUCACAAGGCUAUUGUAUAUGGAAAGUUUAUGUGGGUGUUUGGUGGAUAUACUUUCAAUCAUAGUUCAUCGCAGAUGAUCCUUAAAUACGAUUUGGAGAGCAAUGGAUGGGCAGGUGUAUCCAUAGUAAGUGUUGCAAGACCGUCUCCAAGAUAUGGGCAUUCCUUAGUAUUAUAUCAGCUUCAUAGUAGCGUGUUGAUACAAUUUAUUGAUACAAGUGUUUUAUUUUGCUUUUCUAAACAUAAACUUAGGACAAUCCUUAAAGAAAGUGGAUUUGCUCGUUAUCUACAUUCAGCGGUCAUCAUCAGUGGGGCUAUGCUCAUUUUUGGCGGGAACACCCAUAAUGACACAUCUCUGAGCCAUGGAGCAAAAUGUUUCUCUGCUGAUUUCCUAGCAUACGAUAUUGCCUGUGAUGAAUGGACAAUACUUCCAAAACCCAAUUUGCAUCGUGACCUCAAUAGAUUCGGACACUCAGCAGUUGUAAGCAAUGGAUCUAUGUAUGUGUUUGGCGGUUUCUCCAGUAUGCUUUUGAAUGAUGUCCUCGUAUACAAACCUUCAAGCUGUGAAGCCUUCAGUGAAGAUCUUUGUUUGAAUGCUGGUCCAGGUGUUAGAUGUUUGUGGCACAAGCAUCAUUGUGUUCCGUGGGAACUGGGCCAAAGUAAUAGUAGCUUCCAUGAGGUGAAAUGUCCCCUCAAAACCACGGCUACAGACGACAGAUGUUUCAAAUAUACAGACUGUGGCAGCUGUACAGCCAAUAUGAAUGGGUGUCAGUGGUGUGAGGAUAAGAAAUGCAUUUCUAUAACCAGCAACUGCUCUGUGUCUGUAAGAAACAAUACAAAAUGUCGUGUACGGAAUAUGCACAUUUGUAGCAAAUUUACAAGUUGCAAGACCUGUUCAAUGAAGCUUAACUGUCAGUGGGAUGAGCGGAACCAAGAAUGUCAAGCUCUGCCAGCUCAUCUUUGUGGAGAAGGUUGGAGUCAUGUUGGAGAUGUCUGCCUCCGGAUCAACACAAGUCGAGAAAACUAUGAUAACGCAAAACUUUAUUGCUACAAUCUGAGUGGCAAUCUUGCCUCUCUUACCACGUCUAAAGAAGUUGAAUUUGUUCUAGAUGAGCUACACAAAUAUACAGUUCAGAAAAUAUCACCUUGGGUUGGAUUGCGCAAAAUUAACAUCUCCUACUGGGGCUGGGAAGAUAUGUCACCUUUUACAAACACAACUCUGCAGUGGCUCCCUGGUGAACCCAAUGACUCUGGUUUCUGUGCAUAUCUAGUAAGAGCUGAAAUUGUUGGAUUGAAGGCUUAUGCGUGCACUGAAAUGGCAAGUGGUCUAGUUUGUGAAAAACCAGUUGUCAGUCCAAAUCAAAAAGCCAGACCCUGCAAGACACCUUGUUCCCUCCGAACAACUUGUUCGAACUGCACAAGCCAGAAUGUGGAAUGUAUGUGGUGCAGCAGUGCUAAGCGUUGUGUGGAUUCAAAUACAUAUGUAAUUUCUUUUCCGUAUGGACAGUGCAUGGAGUGGCAAACUGUGAACUGUCUUUCUUGUCAAUGUAAUGGUCACAGCACAUGCAUCAACAGCAGUAUUUGUGAACAAUGUAAGAAUCUGACUGCUGGAAAGCAAUGUGAAGCUUGCAUGCAGGGAUACUACGGAGACCCAAUUAAUGGUGGCAGAUGUCAAUCUUGUAAAUGCAAUGGACAUGCAAAUGCUUGCCAUGCCCAAACUGGACAGUGCUUCUGUACAACAAAAGGAAUCAAGGGAGAUCAGUGCCAGUUGUGUGAAUCGGAUAACCGCUACCUUGGUAACCCACUCAAAGGAACUUGCUACUACAGUCUUUUGAUUGAUUAUCAGUUUACCUUCAGCCUCACCCAGGAUGAUGACCGCCAUUAUACAGCUAUCAACUUUAUGGCUACCCCAGAGCAGACAAAUAAAGAUCUUGACUUGUCCAUCAAUGCAUCAAACAAUUUCAAUUUAAAUGUCACUUGGUCUAUUGGCUCAACAGCUGGAACAAUAUCUGGAGAGGAAGUACCUAUAAUCUCAAAAGCAAACAUUAAAGAGUACAGAGAUGGCUUUUCUUAUGAGAAGUUUAAUUUUCGCAACAAUCCAAAUAUCACAUUCUACGUAUAUGUUAGCAACUUUAGUUGGCCCAUCAAAAUACAGAUUUCCUUUUCACAACACAGUAGCUUUAUGGAUCUCGUCCAAUUCUUUGUCACGUUUUUCAGCUGUUUCCUGUCAUUACUCUUGGUGGCUGCUGUUGUGUGGAAAAUCAAACAAACUUGCUGGGCUUCGCGAAGGAGAGAGCAACUCAUGAGGGAAAGACAGCAGAUGGCUAGUCGUCCUUUUGCAUCUGUUGAUGUUGCCCUGGAAGUUGGAGCUGAACAGCUUGAUAAUGUGAGAGGACCGCCUGAGGGAGCCCCCAAACCUAUUGCUGUGGAGCCCUGUUCAGGAAACAAAGCUGCAGUGUUGACAGUUUUUAUUUGCCUGCCACGAGGUUCAAGUGGUACUCCUCCUCCUGGACAAACAGGUCUUGCCAUAGCCAGUGCACUUAUAGAUAUUUCUCAACAAAAACCAAAUGAGUGCAAAGAGAAGACCUCAGCAGUUAGGAACAGAAAACAACUCCCUCCAACGCAUCAAGGCACUUGUGUAUAAAUUGUACAAAAACUGCACUUGUUUAUCUUUAAUCUUUUUUUCCUUUUGAUGUGGCUUUAUUUAUAAAGCCACUCAAUAGCCUGAGAUUUGACGGGGCAACAGCAUAAGAAUAUUAAAAUAUGGGCCCUGUCAUCUCCACAUACAAAGUCAGAGAUGGGUCCUGUACCAGUCAAUGGGGGUUAGACUUGUCUUCCGUGCUGUCAUUUUGAUACAUUACAUUUUCACAUCAUUAGUCAUAUUUUUGAAUACGAUCAUGGAAAUAAAAUUUAAAAUGCUCAAUGACCACAGAAUUUUUUUUUUCAUUUUCGGAACAUGUUGAUGGCAAUUAAUUGUGUAUGAAUAACUAUCAGUCUUUUUUAAGAUUGUCAAAGUAUUAAUGCAAAUUAGUUAACAGAGGAAUGAAUGUUUUUGAUAUAUGUGGUACUGCAGCUUUGGUAAAUGUGAAGAGGGAGGAAAGAAAUGUGUAAAUGUGGAUAUAUUUGUAACUAUCUCUGAAGUCUCCAGUUAUUUUUAUUUUACCGUGGACAUAAUAAUACCACUGUGGGCAGUUUGAUUCAUGGUUGCUUGCAUGUUACAAUGGUGCUGGAGCAAUAAUUAGAAAUCAAUAGUAUGCUAAUUAUUUGACAAAAAUAUACAAGUGUUGCAAUUUAUGAUAUUCCUGGAUUCUGCGUUUACAUUUCAGUUUUAGUAGGGGAUGCAGAAAAUACUUCACAGCUGUGUUGUUGCAUCACAGUAUAGGAGAGCAUUUAUAAAAAUGUUAUUUAUUGUAGACAUCUAAGGGGAAAACCGCACAUAAUUACAUUUUUUAAUCAUAGUAUAUCCAUUUUGAUGUUAGUUUACUGGGACAACUAUAUAUUACAGAAGAAAAGAAAACACAGCUUGGAAAGCAGAUUGUGCAGUUCUGUUAGUGGUCAGUAUGUAAAUAACUUUAAUAAACACUUAAUUGAAAUGAUUGAUAUGUAAUGGUGAGGGACACAGGGUAGAAGAAUAAGAUGAAUUCAUGUUUUUAUUUGGUUAUUGGCUGGGUUUGCGUGGCUGAGUUUGUCACAUAAAAGUUUAGCCAAACAAUAAAUUUGAAAGAAUGUUCUGCUUUUUCUAAUUGAAAUUUGAUGUAAUUUUUAAAAAUGUGCAUCAGGCUAACAUGGGACACUUGGUUCAGUAAUGUAUCUGAUUCCAGUUUUCAUAUUUGAAGGAAAUCUUCUAGUAGACUUAUAGUAGGCAAUGAUCUUGGACUUUUCCCCACUGUGUAUACAGAAGCUGUUCUUUAUAUGUAACAUUUGUGUUGAAUUGCACUGAUCUAUGGGAUUUUAGUUCUAUAUUGGAAACGCAUUUUAAGUAAUUGUGUAUGAAGGAUUGAAGGAAGCCCCAUUUUUUGCCUCAUAUUUCAGAUAAAGGUUCUGUGAUUACCAUUUUUUACUAAUUUGUUCCAUUCCAUUUGUGUCAUUCAUAAAACUGUAAAGUCACAUCUGUAAAUACACAUCUGACAGGGGCAGUCAGGUGAUUGCACAAAGAAGUAUUUUACACUGAAAUGUUUAGAUUUGUAUCAUUAAAGAACAGCUCACUUAAAUUCUGUGUUUACCUGUGUAAAACAGUUUUGAAGCUUCAACGUAAUAAAAAGAACUGAAAGUA